AUGAGGGGGAAGAAACCGCUCAAGGAGCUCAAGCUCUCUGUGCCGGCGCAGGAGACAUCCGUCGAUAAAUUUCUGACGGCGAGUGGCACAUUCAAGGAUGGAGAACUGCGACUUAAUCAAAGAGGUUUGCGGCUGAUCUCCGAGGAGGAAAACGGAGAUGAACAUCAAUCAACAAACAUGAAGGUGGAAGAUGUGCAGUUGUCAAUGGAUGACCUCGAGAUGAUUCAAGUCAUUGGUAAGGGAAGUGGUGGCGUCGUCCAACUCGUGCAGCACAAGUGGGUGGGCACAUUUUAUGCGUUGAAGGGCAUUCAAAUGAACAUUCAGGAGGCAGUUCGCAAACAAAUAGUACAGGAGCUCAAAAUAAAUCAAGCAACACAGAGCCCACAUAUAGUUUCUUGCCAUCAAUCGUUUUACCACAAUGGUGUAAUAUAUCUUGUUCUAGAAUACAUGGAUCGUGGAUCUCUUGCAGACAUAAUUAAACAAGUUAAAACCAUUCUGGAGCCAUACCUCGCAGUACUUUGCAAGCAGGUUUUGGAGGGUCUUCUAUAUCUGCAUCAUGAAAGGCAUGUGAUUCACAGGGACAUAAAGCCAUCUAACUUGUUAGUCAAUCAUAAAGGUGAAGUAAAGAUUACUGAUUUUGGGGUAAGUGCAGUGCUAGCAAGUUCGAUUGGCCAGCGUGAUACAUUUGUUGGAACCUACAACUACAUGGCGCCUGAGCGGAUAAGUGGCAGCUCCUAUGACUACAAGAGUGACGUAUGGAGUUUGGGCUUAGUAAUACUUGAAUGUGCCAUUGGCCGCUUCCCCUAUACUCCUUCAGAAGGAGAAGGUUGGCUAAGCUUCUAUGAACUAUUAGAAGCAAUUGUUGACCAGCCACCACCUGGUGCACCUGCAGAUCAGUUCUCUCCAGAAUUCUGCUCAUUUAUCUCUGCCUGCAUACAAAAGGAUCCCGCGGAACGCAUGUCUGCUUCAGAACUCUUGAACCAUGCUUUCAUUAAGAAGUUCGAGGGCAAGGAUCUAGACCUACGAAUUCUUGUCGAGAGCCUUGAACCACCUAUGAAUGUACCUGAAUAA